CCUAAGUGGGCGGGGCUUAGAUUAAAGCGGCAGCGAGGCCCGGCUGACAGCUGCCCAGGCGCGGAGCGCGAUGAACCCGGACGGCGGCCCCGGCGGGGGGCUCCGGCAGCCCUCCAAGCGCCGGCUGCCGGCCGCCGCCUCCAGCAUGGCCGAUCCUCACCAGCUCUUCGAUGACACCAGCUCCAGCGCCACCGCCCUGGGCAGGGGCUACGCUGCCCAGCAGCCUCCCGCCCCGGGCUACCCCGCGCCAGGCUCCUUCCUGGGCGAGCCCGUGUCCAGCUUCGCCAUGGCCUACGGCAGCACCCUGGCCAGCCAGGGCAAGGAGAUUGUGGACAAGAAUAUUGACCGCUUCAUCCCCGUGACCAAGCUGAAAUAUUACUUUGCCGUGGACACCGUCUAUGUGGGCAAGAAGCUGGGGCUGCUUCUCUUCCCGUUCAUGCACCAGGACUGGCAGGUGCGAUACCAGCAGGACACGCCCGUAGCACCCCGGUUUGACAUCAACGCCCCUGAUCUCUACAUCCCAGUCAUGGCUUUCAUCACGUAUAUCCUGGUGGCUGGCUUAGCACUGGGGACCCAGAACAGGUUUUCUCCCGACCUCCUGGGCUUGCAGGCCAGCUCGGCCCUGGCCUGGCUGAUCGUGGAGGUGCUGGCCAUCCUGCUGAGCCUCUACCUGGUGACUGUGAACACGGACCUCACCACCAUCGACCUCGUCGCCUUCUCGGGGUACAAGUACGUCGGGAUGAUUGUCGGCAUCGUGUCCGGCCUGCUCUUCGGCAAGACCGGCUACUACCUACUGCUGAGUUGGUGCUGCCUCUCCAUCUUCGUCUUCAUGAUCAGGACGCUGCGGCUGAAGAUCCUGUCGGAGGCGGCUGCCGAGGGUGUGCUGGUGCGGGGGGCCAAGAACCAGCUGCGUAUGUACCUCACCAUGGCCAUCGCCGCCCUGCAGCCGCUCUUCAUGUACUGGCUGACCUUCCACCUCGUCAGGUGAUGGGCCUCCCUGCUGCAUCCUCUCCAGCUGCCCGGGACCCUGCCCCACGGCCUCCGAGCCCCAGGCCCAGCCGCGCGCCCUGCUUGGGGCCUGUUCGCAGCCAGGCCCACGGGCAUCAACCAAGGCCGUGUCCGCGCCAGCUUGGGCUGCGGUGACGUCCUUGUGUUAGGGCUAGUGGGGGGUGUGUGUGUGGGGGGUCUGUGUAGGGGGCUCCUGGCCAGGAUACGGGGGGUGUCCUCCUCCCCGAUGGGCUUAGCCCUUCGGUAAAGAGACACUGCAGGGUUUUGUUUAAGGGCCUCUAACCCCAACCUGAGGUGUGGAAGGGAGGCUGUCCCCUCCCCCUGUCAACAGGGGAGGCAGCUGGAGUUUGGCAUAUUUGGGACCAGCGUGGGAGACCCCAGGCUCUGCCCUGGCAGGGUCUGUGGAGGGGUGGGACCCUCGGCUGGGCAGUGUCUGGGGGGUGGGGGGGGUCCCUUACCCUGCAGUACCUCCUCCGUGGGCAGCUUGCUUCCAGCCGGGCCGUGAAGAACCCGCCUGCUGGCAGCUGCCCGGAGCUCUGUACGGGCCAGCCCUGCCCCUGCUGCUUCUGCACGAAGCUGUUGCGGUGGUGCUGGUUUUGCCUACGUUCUUGCCUGGAGCUGACACCAUCUCCAGGCUGGGCAGUGCCGGCCCAGCGCUCAGGGCUGCUCCAUGCAUGGCUGGCUGGCCACUUGGAACCGCAGCUUCUCUUUGGUUUCUGUUGGUGCUGGGGGGAGGCAGCUGCGGCCAGUCUUGCCCUGAUCGCUGCCUUCGGGCUGGUGCUCCGCAGGGCCCCCUGCCGCUGGCCUUCAGGGCUGGCUUCUUGCAGCUCCAGGUAAUGCCUGAGCAGGCCCCUGGUCUCCCCCAGCUUUGCUAGCCCCCCGGUGCAUGGUAAUGCAUGUGCGCUGCUGCCUGCGGGUUUCUCAGUAUUACUCUGGUGCUGGGGGGCAGGCCCUGGCAGGCCUGCCUCGCCGGGGCCCGCGGUGACUGCAUACAGCCUGAGCCACCCCCCCAGAACGUCUGUAUCCACAACAAGCCAAUAAACAGCAGCGAUGGUG